CACUACAAGAGGCUACGACUUGCUAGCUACAUUGCGGAAUGAAUUAAGCGGUCUUUCCUAAUUUCCGAGUUCCUAGUAACAAAUUCUGAAAAGAAAAAUGCUAUUUGGCUCCUAAUCGCAUCUACAACGAAAUUCUCUUUCGUGAUUGGUUUUCCGCGCGUCUAUUCGACAAGGAAUCGGGUUUUUUUUCAUUUGGUCGGUUAUAAAGUUCCUUGUAAAUGGUGCAGGUCGUCCCUAAGGCUUAUCUGCCGUUAGAUUUCACCGCGAUCAAUCGUUUUCAGGUCUGGUGGUCUGAAAAUACUUCACCGAAAUCAAUUGACCGUGAAGGCCUGGGAGGAAGCUGUACGGGAACUGGCCACGGGCAACAGCUCCUUCAGAAUAAAGGUUACCAAGAUAGCCAAAGAACCUUUUCGCUGCUAGUUAAUCGCUUUCCUCGUAGAUGGUUUCGCCGGCAUAUAGCUGUACUUUCGCGACGUGAAUUUGUUUCAAAGUGCGAUUUACAGGUCCAUAGUAAUUCGAUACGGAUCCCUUGCGCGGAAAAAGUCAAAAAGGCCUCUGGAAACGUGCCUAACUGAGAUUAACAUCCAUAAACGCGCAAAAAAGAGCUCGGUCAAUAUCCUGAACCGCCUUGACCUCACUAGCAAUUACAUAUAACCACAAUAAUUUUUUACUUUUUUACGUUCCUUUAUAGGUCUUCCUGGAUAGCUACAGUGAACAAUGUUGCCCUUGAAAACGGCAAGGAGAAGUCUCUGUGAAACAUUGCACAGAAAGAUGCUUCAAGCAGUCAUAUUAUUGGCGAUAUUAACGCUCUCAAUUAACUGGUAUUUUUUCGGCUAUGGGAGAUUGUGGAGUGACAGAAUCGUGUUCAAUAAUUUAACAGACACUCAGGGAGGAGACCUUGGUGAAGAAAUACGCACAAAUAAUAAUGAACAAACAAUUUCAUUUGAAAGAAUUCCAUUUAUAUCUGUCAAAUCUCAAACACUGAAUUUCAAAGAAGAAUCAGCUCAAGCUUUUGAAAGAAAUCUAACAGAGAAUGAUGGAAAACAAAGUGUAGAAGUAUAUGCAACUAUUAACACUCAUAACGAUGAAAGACAGGCCAUUAAGGGAGGCAUGAAAGGAGAAAAUGCACCAACUAGCCAUGUACCUCAUCCUACGAAGAGUGCCACAUCUUUUACGACGGCAACCGAAUCAUUCCGAAUAUGCCCAAAGUUGUCCCUUCAAUCUACAAAUACUGUCAAAUAUGGUUUAUGUACACCUCACAAGCCAAGCGAAGAAUCAUGUAAGUUUGCUAGAGAAACUUAUGCCAUCGAUCCCGAGUUAUCAGAAUGCAAGGAGAAAGGUAUGGGAGACGUUUGUAAGAUGGAAAUCACUAGACUUAACAAGAGAAGUGAUAUUUCGUUCAGAUGCAAUCAAACACUUUGCAAACAAGGAGAAAGCGGUUCGUUUAAGGUUCAUAGUCUCGACCCCAAGGCAGGAAUGACCAGCAUCGUGAGAGAAUUCUCCACAAUAAAAGAACUCGAGAAUGGAUUACCGGAUAUUGUAAAAGAAAACAAACAAAAGAAGUUAAACUUUGUUUUCAUUGACUGCGUCACCCCACAUGGCAGAGAUGUGUCUCAAUUUGUUCCAAUUGGGCCAGGUUUCACCAUCGAAGAAGCACAAAACAUUAGAAAUGGAAAUUUUAUUAACGUAAACGUCCUUCUGAUUGACUCGGUAGCCAGGGCUCAUUUUUAUCGCUCCUUGCCGAGAACAGUUGCCACAUUUAAAAAAUGGCGGGAAAGCCCAAACACAGUUCCGGCCAAAGUCUUCGACUACGAGUUGUUCCAGGCCCUGCAUGGCCAUACUGCUGAAAACACGCACGCGCUCUUUACUGGAGAACUUUUUCCGAUAGAAGAUAGAGGGAAAACACUUCCGGUCAAUAUGUCGGCGAUGUUUGGGCAUUACAAGAGAGCUGGGUACCAUACCAUUUUUCAGGAAGACUUGUGUUGGAAAGGGAUCUGGGGAUUAAUGUUAGAUCUUGGAGAGAGAUCGUGGAGCAAUCUUCAGCGCGCGAUGAAAGCCACUUCCAUCGAUCAUACAGGCCUCACCCAUUCUAGCUGCAAGAUUCUUAACUCAUUGGGGGUUGAUGAUCCUUUUAGCGGACCUCAAGGCGACCAAAUCUGCUACAAUGGAAAGUUUCAACACGCAUAUUUUCUUCGUUACUUAACGGAUACACUUCACGCUAUUAGUGCGUCACGCAAGGCGUUGCCUCUUUUCUCGUACAUGGCUCUUAACGUUGCGCACGAUCACAGAAGCAUACGAACGCAAACUUUGGAUGUCGAUUUAGAACGUUAUGUGACUGACAUGGCACAGGAGCAAAACACGUUCACGAUUAUUCUAGCGGACCACGGGAACACGUACACAAGCUACACCUCAGAUGUGCUUGAAGGACGCUUUGAAAUGUUUCACCCAAGCCUCUUCAUUAUUGUUCCGGACAAAGUGGCAUCGCGCUUAGGAAAGAGCGCAAUGUCAGCACUGGCGGUGAACCAGCGACGGCUUGUCACAAUGAUUGAGUUGCACCGUUCUCUAAUGGUUUUGGCCAAGCCCCUUCUUGGUGGAGUUAAACAAGUGGGGCUGUUCACGCCCAUGUCUCUGAACCGCACGUGCGAUGACCUGGAACUCAGGACACCGAAUUUGUGUGUCUGUGAAGGCUGGGAUGUGCCAGCGGACAAUGACACCUCACGCAUACCCAUCGCGGAGUUUGCGAUUGGUCAGUUGAAUAAUCGAAUACAAGAGCAGUAUCAGGAAGAACUCUCGCGAAAAGCGAAUACUAAAGCCGGUGGCGGGAGGAUCAGGCGAUCUUGCCAAACACUGCUUCCUCUGUGGUUUGAGAAUGUGCGUGAAAGAAACUCCAAAACAGACGGCGCUCUGAUUACUUCCAUGGAUAUUCGCGUUGCUGCAGGAGACGUCGUUCCCCAAAGAGAAGACAUAUUUCACGUUGAAGUGUGGACAAAGGAGAUAAUAGGAGACAAGUCCUUACAAAUGAAACUGCUUUCUUAUGAUCGUCUUACGUUAUUCGGAAAGUACGCGGCAUGCGCGGAUCACAAUGUGAAACUUAAACUAUGCGUUUGUUCGCAAAACGCGACAAAAAUGAAAACAGAAAUCGCGCCUCUGUUUCUUGAAGGCUGGGAACGUUUCGGUCAGCGACCAAGCGUUAAAAAUGUUUCUAAUACGCGGUGUUUAAGGCUGAUUACAUGGAGUUAUGAUGAGAAGAAUUCGAAAGCGUAUGAAAUAGCAAAUGUUUGCCAAAAUCAGUCAUAUAGAGUCAAAAUAGAGGCGGUAGAGGCGUCCAACGUGAAGUUUUCACGCCAACUUCCUUUUCAUUUGGAUGUAAAACCUGGAGGCGUGUUGUUUGCUCUCUCAGUUAGGAAACACAUCAGCUACUGGAAUGCUCAAGUAGAAAUAGCUGCAACGGUUGACAAGGAAUUUUAAAAAUAGCUAUUUAACUAAGAAGUGCUACGCUCUCUGUGUAACCAUUGGUAACCUUGUCACGUGAGCUGGUCAAUUAAAAAAAACAGUUGUCAUGGUACGAA